AUGGAGGCAGCAGAGGUCAAAAAGCUUAUCAAGGACCUCCAAACCGCCACCACCACUGGAAAACCAGAGGAUGGUGUCACGAUUCUGAAGCAGUUGAAGCAAAGUGUGGUGGCCACAGAAGAAUUACUCAGGGAAACAAAAGCUGGCCUUGCGAUUGGCAAAUUACGGUCUCAUCCCCGAAAAGAGAUUGCGGAUCUCGCUAAGGAGCUGGUAAAGAAAUGGAAAGAGGCUGUUGAAGCUGGUAAGAAGGUUAAAGCUUCGGGUGGAACACCCUCGACCCCCUCGACUGCUACACCGUCAGGAAAACCUACGCCUCCGCCGGCCGCCACGUCUCAGCCUACCAAACCACAACCCUCGCCUAUUGACCCACCCUCGCGCAAGCAAUCCGUCAGCACUACCGCUGCAUCCACACCUACUUCGUCCAAACCUACACCGACCUUGAACCAACCCCAAUCCAAUGUAGUUAGAACUGUCAAGACCGAUGCCGUCAAGAUCGAGUCCAAGGGCGACAAGACUCGAGACAAAUGCAUGGAGUUACUGUAUGACGCGAUGGCUAGUGAUUCGGGUGCCCCGAUCGAACAGAUUCUCAAACGAGUCUACGCUAUCGAGUAUCAAGUCUACAAGGAGUUCGAUGGUGUCACGAAAGAGUACAGCACCAAAAUGCGUCGAUUAUUCAAUAACCUCAAGGACAAGAAGAACCCUGGCUUGAGGGAGGCAGUUGUCAGUGGAGAUAUCUCAGCCGAAAAAUUUGUCAAGAUGACACCUGAGGAAAUGGCAUCCGAAGAACGCAAACAACAGAACAGUGCGCUGAAUGAAGCAAAUGUGCACGCUGCUUUGGGCGCUGGCGAGCCAGAAGCCGAGACGGAUGCAUUCCAAUGUGGAAGGUGCAAGAACUUCAAAACUCGGUACAGGCAAGCUCAGACUCGCUCUGCUGAUGAACCUAUGACGACCUUUGUCACCUGCACAGUCUGUGGCAACAAAUCGGUCGUAUCAUCUGGAGAGGUCUCUGGACGUAUUUCGGAUUUUGCUCUUGCUUCCGAUUCUGUAUCAGCCGUGACUACUAUUCGGGAUACAACCGUGGUCACUUGUUCAAACCAUCUUGAGAUAUCGAGCGACAAACCUUAUCUAAAUCCAAGUAUUACCUUGCCCGAUUCCUUCAGCUCAUAUUCGUCUCGGCCCUUCGUUCCCUCUGUUCCUUCCUCACAUCCGUUCAAUGCAACCAGCAAAUCCUUUAAUUCGCCGAAUAUCAUUCCCCUUUCGGAUGAUAGGAGCCUGAUAACCACUAGACAGAUGCCACAGGCAUUCCUGUUUCGUCGCGCCGGAAACGAAGAUGAAGAUGAAGACGAAGACGAAGGAAAUGAACAUGAUCUUGAAGGGAUUCGAGCUUUGCUUUGUACAAACCCUACUCUGGAUAAAAAUGCGGAAGACAAUUCGUUGCCUUUUGUGCUGUAUAGCUAUUCUCGGUGGGCCAUAGCUAGGGUAUUCGAGCCUCUGAAAAUAGUGCAUACCAUGCGCGAGAGACUCGUGGCGCUUUUCUCAUCCGAUAAUACACGAACGAGAACCAUCUUGAUUGCCAACGUUAUGGAUGCCUUUGCAAGAAACUUGGUAAUAGAUGGCGCGCGAAAGUUUAUUGUUGACCACUUGGUUUCGGAUGGACAACAAAGAGGCCAUACUUUCAUGGCCACACUGCCUAUGUCGUGUUCACUUGAAUCGGACAGGCACAACGCGAUACGCACGUUGGAUUAUAUGAUGGAGGUGUUUUCACUACAGAUUUUUACGCAGCCCCUGGUCGUAUGUCUCCAGUCCUUAGAUUAUGCUGCGCCCGUGUUCCGAUACGGAUGCCCCGAGUUACCAGGACAGCCGGUUAAUAUUGCGAAUAUUAUGCUGGAAUCGAACAUUAGUCUCCAAUUCUUUGUGAACCUGGAUGUUCUCCAAAGUGUGACUACUGGAAACCCCACCUACUUCAAGUACGAGGUGCCCUUUUCUCUUGAAUUAUGCGAGCGAUUGUAUCAACAAAACAAUCAUGGUUCGCAGUGGCACCUUGGAUUUCCUGGACCAUUCGCCCUGUUGUUCGCCUGGAUUAACUCAUUGAGUGAAAUACCGGGGGCUGCCCACAAUUCAUCGCUAGUCACCUGGGUAGAAACAAACUUGCCACAAAUCAAGCUUUCAGCUGCUGAAUCAGGUGAUCCAUUGUUGCGACUCGCGAGAACGCUAGUACAAGAGUGCUGGAGGUACGCAGUGUUGAUUUACCUUUAUAUGGUGUUGUGCCAAGCUAGCCCCAAUGAUCCUCGUGUAAUACAAGCUCAGAAGGGCUUUAUGCGACUCUUCCGGGGAAUGAAACCAGGGCGAUAUCCUGAUGCUCACCUGUCUCCUCCGGUAGUGAUUGCCGGAGUCGCUACAACUGAAGAGAGAGAUAGAGAAACCCUUCGGCGGAGAAUACUGGGCGUCCAGGAGUUUGCAAAGAAGGGAACAGUAGGUAACGACUUCAUGUUAGAAUUAGAGGAUAUAUGGGCUAGGACUCGAGAUGAGGGCCGACCGGCUGUAUGGUCGGAUUUAAGGAUAGCCAGCUUUAGAAUCACCGGAAGAUAG